AUGGACCUCACGAAAUCGUCACGUUCGCUCAUUGUCCAGCUCGACGAAACCGAGCCCCAGCACAGUCACCACCUCCGCCGCAAGAAAUCGUUCUACCGAGUUUCUGCCCCAGCAGCGCAGUCGCCCGUGAUCGCGGAGGUGGAAAUGGCCAUCGAUAUUCCGCCUAUGCGCCCACAGUCGAUGAUGGCGCUCCAGCCAAAGGCGUCGUCGGUGAUUAGUCACAACCGCUCGCAGUCCCAGCCAAACACCCUCCGUCUUGGCCAUCCGCGGCGGCCGUAUUACUCCGCGAUCCGGCCCGGAAUGUCGACCUCCCGCCCGAGCUCCCCGCCAAACAGCUACAGCCCGCCCACCGCUGUUGACGACAGCAUGGAUGUCGAUGAUGGCCCGCCGGUAGCGCCCGCGAUUUCGCCGCGUAGAUCAAGUUUCCGGCUCGGGUUUGGCGCGUACGCACAGCAGUCGUCGGGCUUCUCGGUCACCGGGGAGAUGGAGAUGCGCAUGGCCCUGGCUGCGAUUGCCCGGGAGGAAGAAGCGCGCCAGACCGACUCCGAUUCUCGCCCCCACCACCAGCACCAUCAUCAUCUGGGGAAAGGCUCGGUGGGCAGACAAGUCAAGAAACUGCGUAAAGGCCUCCGCGAUCUGGUGCGCCGCAAACCGUCAUGA